CUAACUUCUGGCGUUUCUUCUUCUUCUUCUUCACCUUCCAUUUUCCGUUUGUUUUUCCCAGGAAAAUUUUCAGAGAAUCAAAAUCAAGAAGCCUGCGAAACAUUCGCCAUUUCUUUUUCUCUUGCACACAAUCCACGAAAAUGUGGGUCUUUUACAUGAUCUCGUUGCCUCUGACGCUGGGGAUGGUGCUCUUAACCCUAAGGUAUUUCGCUGGGCCUGAUGUGCCGAGAUACGUCCUCUUCACCGUCGGAUACGCUUGGUUCUGUUCUCUCUCCAUCAUUAUCCUCGUCCCUGCAGAUAUCUGGACGACUGUAGUUGGUCAUUCCAGUGGCGGGGGUUUGUUCUUUUUUAGCUGGUCGUAUUGGAGUACCUUCCUGCUUACAUGGGCGGUGGUGCCUACUAUCCAGGGUUAUGAAGAUGCAGGGGACUUCAGUGUUAAAGAACGAUUGAGGACGAGCAUUCAUGGAAAUUUAGUUUUCUAUCUUUGCGUUGGAUCCCUUGCGGUUGUUGGACUUAUACUUCUGAUUGCUCUGCGGAAAAAUUGGAGCGGGGGCAUUCUUGGAUUUGCUAUGGCAUGCUCAAACACUUUUGGCCUUGUUACAGGCGCUUUUCUUCUUGGCUUUGGGUUAAGUGAAAUUCCAAGGGGAAUCUGGAAAAAUGCAGAUUGGAUUGCUCGGCAGAAGGUGCUUUCACAUAAGGUUGCAAAGAUGGCUCUGAAACUUGACGAUGCUCACCAAGAAUUUUCCAAUGCAAUAGUAGUUGCUCAGGCAACAUCUAAUCAAAUGUCCAAGCGCGAUCCUUUGCGACCAUUCAUGGAUGUCAUUGACAAUAUGUUGCAAGAAAUGUUGAAAAAUGAUCCUUCUUUCAAACCUCAAGGUGGGAGACUAGGAGAAAAUGAUAUGGAUUAUGACACUGAUGAGAAAACAAUGGCAGCACUAAGGCGCAACCUGCGAAUAGCGAGAGAGACGUACUAUCGGUAUAAAAGCGAAUACAUGAAUGUCGUAUUAGAAGCCCUGGAACUGGAAGAUACAGUGAAAAGCUAUGAGCGGCGAGAUGCAACGGGAUGGAAAUAUAUAUCAACCUUCAGAGAUGAAAGAACUGGCUCAUUUGGAUCUUUCCUUGAUGCAGUUGAGUUUGUUUGGAGGUGCCUGCUUAGAAAGGAACUGGAAAAGCUUUUGGCUAUCACACUAGGUUGCAUAUCAGUUGCAAUUCUUUUGGCAGAAGCCACUAUAUUGCCGCGUGGAGUUGAUCUAUCUCUUUUCUCUAUUCUCAUAAACGUUGUAGGAAAAAGGGAGGUGCUUGUCCAGGUAGCUGCUUUUGUUCCUCUCAUGUAUAUGUGCGUCUGCACAUAUUAUUCCUUGUUUAAAAUAGGAAUGCUGAUGUUCUACUCGCUGACGCCAAGGCAGACGAGUUCGGUUAGCUUACUUAUGAUAUGCUCGAUGGUUGCUCGAUAUGCUCCUCCAAUUUCAUACAACUUUCUGAAUCUUAUUCAUCUUGAUGGAGAUAAAAAGACAAUCUUUGAGAUGAGAAUGGGAAACAUUGAUGACGCAGUCCCGUUUUUUGGGAGAGGGUUCAAUAAAAUUUAUCCUCUCAUCAUGGUUAUAUACACCAUCAUUAUCGCGAGCAACUUUUUUGAUCGUGUGGUGAACUACGUUGGAAACUGGAGGAUAUUCAAGAUACAAGAUGAAGUUGAUGAAACAAAUGGAUUCGAUCCAUCGGGAUUGAUCAUCUUACGCAAAGAACGGAAUUGGCUGCAGAAAGGGUACAAAGUAAGUGAGCAGGUCAUUCCAUUGGCAAGGAGUUUCAAUGAUGUGACUCUUGAAGAUGAGGAGAAAACUGAGGAAACACCAAAUUACACAUCUGAUGAAAAUCAAGUGAAGUCCCUAUUGGAGAAGGAUGAUAACAGAGCUGAGUUGAAACCGCUUACAGAAAGGCAAGGCGUAUCGACCAAGUACCCCGACAAAGAAUCAACUCCUUCGAGAUCUUUGGAAGAAGGCAAUGCAAAUCAAGAACAAGCCCCGAGAUCAGGUUCGAGAUGGGAAUCGAUGAAGAACGGGUUCCAGAACUUCAAGGCCAAGAUGGAAGCCAAGAAAUCUCAACUGUCACGCCAAAUACAAGAGGGGAUGAACGCCUCGUCGGAUUCAUCUCCGCAUCAAUCUCUGGACGAAAUCUUCGAGAGGCUGAAAAACCCUUUUCGAAAACGAAGGAACCUCGGCGACCUUGAGGAGGACGACCUUUGAAGGAAGCGGAUACGUUAAUAGAUUUGGUCCUUAUCAUUCAUGCGUCUGAUGAUGGUUUUGGUGAAUGUGUUGGGCACAGAGGAAAGGAGAUAACACAAGAAAAAGGAAGGAAAGAGGUUACAACUUACAAGGAGCAUAAAGACAGAGGAAGAACGUUUUUUUUUUUUUUAUAAUCCGGAAGUUCACCGGGACUUUGGUCCGAUUACAUCUCUCAGAGGAUCUCAGAGGAUCGAAAAAGCCCAUGUGAAUGUCUCUCCCCACGAUUGGGUUUGAACCCACGAUGAGAGCAUGUUUUGCAUGUUCUCUCACAACUAGGCCACCCAAGCUUGGUUAGGAAGAACGUCUUUGCCCAUCAAAUUUUUGUAAUUCUCAAAGAAAACAAAGUAUCUAAAUACAAAUUAUUCGUACUUA